AUGGAGCCGGAGAAGGAGGUGGAGGUGGAGGUGGAGGUGGCAGUCGGGGAUCUGAGGAUCUGGGGAGGGCCGGAGUGGCAGACGCAAUCGCAGUCAUCGAUUUUCUCAGAAAUCAAAACGAUUCUUCUCCGAAGGCAAAUCCGAAGAGGAUCCCCCAAAAAAAGCUGUAGACGCUCCGAUUUACACAGCUAUACCAGGAACUUAAAAGAAAAGAUAUUAAAAUCAAACUUUUCUCACAAGAGCCAGGAACAAAGUAAGCAUUCAAGGGAUGAAGACUUUUCAGAGGAAGAGUUCGAAGAUACACCCAAGGACAUUGAAUACCUCUCAAGUGAACAGGACGAUGUUCAUUGUAGGUCUCAGAUAAGCCAACAGUCCACUGAUCGUUCCAAGAGCUUUAGUCAGAUCUACAGCGAAAUCUUCGAGGAGUCCAAGGAACGACAACAAAAGGCAGAGUGGGCUUGUCGAACCUACAACAUAAACAAAUCCAAGCUACAUAGGUCUCUUCAAAAAUCUGGGUCUAGGGAACUCGGAAGUGGGCACUAUGAGAGCAGCCUGGGAUCGGAGUCUUCCAGCAACUUGGCAAAGAGAUCCCAGGAGUACGAAAAUCGUUUGAAACAAGGACGGAUCGGGAACAUAAAUGACAAUCAAGAGAAAUGUAUUUUAAACAAAGCGAGGAGUCCUUUCAGCGAAUUGGAGGGACCACAUACUCAUGGGGAAGAAAUAGCUAAAGAUCUUAGACUAAAGCGAUCCAAACGACUUGUAAAUAAAUUAGAGCGUACAGAAAGAUGGUGUUCGCAUAGAAAUCAAGAAUCGCGAAAACCCUAUUCGCAUUGGUCGGAAAAUAGGUGUUCUGAUGAUUGUAAUAGAUCAUACUUGUGCAAGCACGAGACUUCAGCUUUCAGGACUAGCUCGGUUUGUUCGAGAUCAAGAAAAUACGAUUCUGAGGUGACUGAUGGGAACGAUUACCCUGCAGUUUGCAAAAGUGACACAAGCGCUGGCAUUCAAACUACUGCGACACCGCAAUCUGGCUCACAAAGAGAUUAUCUUUCGAGCAGCAGCACACGCCAUCGUCAUCAUCAUCAUUAUCGUCGCCAGAGGAGUGUGCCCAAGACGUAUCAAGAUCGUGGAAAUAGUCCCAUUAACAUCAAGACGAGGCGGAGAAUGCACGACUACCAGGACCUUCACCGCGAAACUGGCACCGAGAAAGUGAGGAAGGGUUGGCUUGGCAGAUCAAGUGCCUCCGUUGGGGUGCAAUAUCCCAGUGGAGAUGAGAUCGAGGAUUGCUCUAACGGAAGGCCGAGUAGUUUUCUAAAUAUGGACCAUGGAGUUCCAUAUGAGUUUGAAAGUCAUAAAGGUGGUUUGCUGAGCGCUGGAGAAGGCAAAAUAUUAGGCGUCAAUAAUCUUGUUCCAAUCCGGUAUGAUGAAGAGCUUAAAUGCAAGGGAAAUCACAAUUUACAGGACAUGGAGAUAAACGAGGGAUUGGAUGAAACAAUAAAUAAAGAUCAUUGUAUGACUGAAGACGAAGUUCGAAUACAAAACGAUCUAUAUGAAUAUACAUUCGAUGAUGAGCUAACUAAAUUUGUUGGUUUCAAGACAUACGAUAGAGGUGAAGAAUUUAGUGAUGAAUAUGGCCAGGAGACCAAGAUAUCCGAUGAAAUGGAAAACUUUUCUGAUGAUUAUGAUCAAACGGUCACCAGUGAAGAAGUAAUCACUGAAGAAGGAAAUCAACUUGCCCGGAAAUCAACCGAUGACGAAGAAUAUAUUGAAGAUGGUCAAGGGUUUAAUCAUGAAAAUGGGGAAGAUGUGUCUUUAGAUAAAUUAGGUCAAUAUAAGAUUUUCGAUGAAGAGUCAGUACAGUCUAAGGAAAGAGAUGAAGUUAAACCAAAAAGCCCCCUGAGUCUCACGAUAUACGAUGCUGAUGAGGCCCUAAUGGAGAUUCCGGAGGAUUUCGAGGGUUCUGCUGUCGUUCUUGACGACGAUGCCGACUUCCUGGACAUCACGCUGACCGAUGAUGAGGAGCAGAUCCGGGCCAAGUUGAUGGCGGCAGCGCUGACCACCAGAAGAAGUAGCUGUUCCAUCAGCGCUUCCAGCGGGCUCAAGUCCCGGCGCUCCAUUGAGUCCAGCAUCCUCAGCUACAAGCCCAGCGUGAUCUUCACCCGCCGAUCAAGGGCGUUCGACGAAGAUUGUGCUCCCAGACGGAACGAUCGAAUAGCACUCUUGGCCGAGCAAUUUCUGCGGAGCUUUUCCAAGUCCUACUCCGAGGGUCCCGAAUGGCAGCCCUUGGUGGAGGAGGUGACCGCAUCAGAAUCUAAUUGGCAAUCGUUGGAGGAGCGGGAGGUCACCAAAAGGACCACUGGCGAUAUAAAGGACAGUGGGACCCCACUUUCCGUGGACCGCCAGUUGCUGUCGGAGGAAUUCAACAAGAAGUUGCACCGCCAGCUAAAAGUAAUUGUGGAAAGUUUCCAAUGAAUUUUUUGCGCGCAUAUAUAUUUUGUAUUUGUAAUUACGCGACAUUGAAUACAGCUGGAUAUUUGU